UUUCCUCUUACGCCGCGCAUUAAUCCAAUGUUCCGCGCAGUUUCGCGCGCAGACAGUAGAGUGAAAGAAAGAGAGAGAGAAGACAGAAGUUGAGUGAGAAGAUAUGGCGUUAGGGCAAACCCUAGCUCUGCCAAAAGCCAUCCUCCUAUGUACCCCUAGAAAUCCUCUUAUCCCCUCCUCGUCCCUGAACCCUAACCCCCCUAUCCGCCUCUUCUCAUCUCCAUCGCAAACCACCAAAAACACCCGAAGAUUCAGAGCCGCAAAAUGUGCUCUGACUUACAACAACAACGACAACGGCCAGGAAGAAAGAGUGGCGGUACCGCAGUACCCGAGGCCGACGGAGAUUCCGUGGCAGAAGGAGAUCUGUAACACCGUGCACCUCAUCGGCUACGUGACUACCGUUGUCCAAAUCAGGUACCUCCCCGACGGCAGGGCCGUCGCCGUUUGUCGCAUCGCCGUCAGCAAAUCUCCUCUGGAGACUUCAUCGAUCAUAUUGUCAUUCUGGAAUGAAUUGGCCCAUGCUGCUUUUCAGCACUUAGAGAAAGGCACUCAAAUAUAUGUUUGUGGUCGCCUGAUUGCAGAUACAGUUGAAACUGAAGAUGGGACGGAGCAGACUUACUAUAAGGUUAAUGUUAAGCAACUGAAUUUUAUUGAAAGGUCUUGGGAUUCAAAUUCUGAAACACCAGUUAAGAAGCAGUCAUCCGCCUCCCGUGAAGAACUAUGGCAGGCAUUCUUUGCUAAUCCAGCAGAUUGGUGGGAUAAUAGAAAGGACAAGACUGAUGCGCAGAGACCCCCAAGAUAUCCUGAUUUCAAGCACAAACAUACUGGAGAAGCUUUGUGGGUUGAAGGCAGGUUUAAUCCUCCGUGGGUGAAGUCCCAACUAGAAAUCCUGGAUGCAAGAAGGGAGGCUUUUGGUUUUCAAGAUCAAAAUGGUGGCAUGAACGUGAACUUUGGGGCUGGUAAUGACUACUCAGCUUUGUAACUGCUCUUUAUUCUGGUGAUCAGACACGGGUCUCAGCGGAAUCUCCUUUGUCUGGUGUUACCCUUUUUCCUGUGUUUGGUGUUACUUAUUUGGUGGGGAACAGCUAAGUUUUGGCCUUUGUGCACCUAGCCUUUGUUGUAUAUUUGAUCGUACUGGCAAAUUUCAGGAGUGCUGACCAAAUUUUCCGUGACUCAAUCUUGGUCUUCAAUCUUGAAAGGUAGUUUGCGAUAAGGAUCAUUGUAUAGAAUCUAUCCUGCUCUUUAAGCAUUUGCCCCGAAUCUGUCUAUUCAAACAAAUGAAACUCUUUGGUCUUAUCCUUAAUUCUUAUGGCAUCGGUUAUAUUCCUUUGUUCAA